GCCUUUUUGGUUUUUCUUCAGGAAUUCCUAUAUAAAUUUUACGUUAUUCUUCAUGGAAGAGGAAGCGACGUCCUCGCAAAUAGUAGAAGUCAUAGAAUCAUCAGCUACCACAGUAACAAACAUGACUACACAACUUGCAGUCGUUGACAAGUUUGCUCUAGAGUUAGAUACUGUAGAAGUCAAGAUGGACCGGAAGUUGGAACCAGAAACUUUCAACAAGAAAAGUGUUAACACACCAACAACUACUACAAAGCUUUUUAUUACAACCAAUAGAAAUCAAGGCAAUGUCGAGGAGGUGACAACGAAAAAGCCUACAUUAAGAACGAGAACACCGAUAAUAAAACCAACUCCAAAAACAUCUCCCCCAAAACCUUCAAGAAAGAAGAAACCACCUGCCGACCAACCUGUUUAUUCUUGGGACCCUUGUGCGGAAUAUGAUGGCAUGUAUUUUCCUCACCCAACAGAGUGUAAUAUGUUUAUACAGUGUACAAACGGAGAAAUCAUUGAACAGAAAUGUACAAAUGGACUUCUCUACCAUUGGAAACAACUGACAUGCGUAUCAAGGUAA